CGACUUUGCAAUACUCUAAGCUCAAAGAUUGACGAUAGAAUGGUAAGGAUUUUCACACGUCAAAAUUAUAGUCUAACUAAUAACAUUUUAACUACCAUUUGAAUCCGUAUAAAGAAAACCCUAAACCCCGUCACCUUCUUCCUCUUCCUCUUUAGCCAUUGACAACCCUCCUCCGCCAAUCUCUUCGCCGGCGACUUUUCAUACGAGACGCCAGCUGACAAUCUCGACCUAUCAGUUUGACGUGGUCUUCUGCGUUCCCUUGCUCCACGACCGACACAUUCACCCAUUAAUCCCUGACUUGCUUUGUGAGCACGAUUCCGACGACAUUGUCUGGGGUUUUGAGGUACCAUUUCUUCUCCCCUUUAGGCUCCAGCAUAAACAAUACGUUCAGUGUCACGUUUUCGGCAACGUGGAGUUUGGCAGCAGCGAUUUUGAUUUUGGGAUAAGCUUUGGUCGAGUUCCGGUAUUGAAGGAUUGAAGCUUUUUCGGUAAGUUUGGGUAAGGAUUAUUUUGUUAAUUCUUAUAACGAAUUGGUUUCAAGUGUUGGGAUAUUAUUACGAACUCUUGGAAUUUGUUUGUUGUUGGGUUUGGGUAGAUUUCUAAGUGUUUGGUUAAUGUUCAUCAAGUGUGAACACACUUUGGACUAGUUUGGACUCGAUUAAAGUAUGUCAGGGUAGUAUCUGGUUUGUGAAAGGUUGGUGGUGGAAGUUUUGGACUAAUUUGGAGUCUUUAAUUAAGGUAUAUGGUGGAUUUUGGAUGAGAAUGUUCGUUUUUUGUAUUUGAAAGUGAACAACGGAGCUGUUUGAUUUGAAAUGUAUGGACUAAUCAAGAUGAAGAUUUUGAAGAAUUUUCGUUUAUUCAUGUAUUCAUAGGUUGGUUUUUUUGAUAUAAAAGUUCACACAGUUAAAAAAGACAUAUUAGAUGGCUCUGAUUGCUGAAUUUGGACUUCUGUUUCUACAUGAUUAGUACUUAUGAGCACCUUAAGAAAUAUCGCAAAGCACCCAACAAUUGCUUUGAUUGAUUCCUUCAUCACGCUCAAAGAGCUCAAACAAAUUCACACCCAACUGCUAAUUAAUGGCCUUUUCAAUAAUCGCCAACUUUUAGGCCAAUUUGUUGCAUCCAUUGCCCUAAAAAACCCCACCAAUUUAUUGUAUUCCAAUCAAAUUUUGGACCAAUGUGCCAAACCAACCUUAUUUGCCUUAAACUCCAUGAUCAGAGCCUAUUCCAAAAGCUUAACCCCACAUAGAAGCUUCCAGUUUUACAACAAAAUUCUCCAAUCCAAUGAUGUUAUGUCACCAGACAAUUACACUUUCAAUUUUCUGGUUCGGACUUGUGCCCAAUCUGCUUGUGAAGCAGGUCCAGCUGUUCAUGGUGCACUCAUCAAACAAGGUUUUGAAUAUGACCCACAUGUUGAAAGUGGGUUAAUAUUUAUGUAUGCUGAAAUGGGUUGUUUGAGUUCAUGCCAUCGUGUGUUUGAGUCAGUUCAGAAACCAGAUUUAGUCUGUCAAACGACCAUGGUGAGUGCAUGUGCAAAAUGUGGUGAUAUUGGUUUUGCACGAAACCUGUUUGACUCAAUGCCUCAGAGGGAUUAUGUGUCAUGGAAUGCUAUGAUUGCUGGUUAUGCUCAAAGGGGACAAUCAAGGGAAGCUUUGAAUCUGUUUAAGCUCAUGCAAGUGGAUGGUGUCAAGGUUAAUGAGGUGUCUAUGGUUUCUGUUGUAACAGCUUGCACUCACUUGGGUGCACUAGACCAAGGGAAAUGGGCACAUGCUUAUAUAGAAAAGAACAAGAUUCAGAUGACUGUCAAUUUGGGUACUGCACUUGUUGAUAUGUAUUUCAAAUGUGGAAAUGUUGAUAAGGCAUUGAAGGUUUUCUGGGAAAUGAAUGAAAAGAAUGUAUAUACCUGGAGUACUGCCAUAGGUGGGCUUGCCAUGAAUGGUUAUGGCCAGAAGUGCCUUGAACUGUUUUCACUUAUGAAACGUGAAGGAAUUGCCCCUAAUGAAAUCACAUUCAUUUCUGUUCUGAAAGGUUGUAGCGUGGUUGGAUUCGUUGAUGAAGGUCGUUCACAUUUCGACUCAAUGAAGAGAGAUCAUGGUAUUGAACCAAAGCAUGAGCACUAUGGUUGUAUGGUGGAUUUGUAUGGUCGAGCGGGGCGAUUAGAAGAGGCUCUAAACUUCAUCAACACCAUGCCUCUUAAGCCACAUGCGGGUGCUUGGGGAGCUUUGCUUAAUGCCUGUAGAAUGUACAAGAAUAUGGAGUUGGGUGAGUUUGCCUCGAGAAAACUGAUUGAGGUUGAAGGCAAGAAUCACGGUGCCUAUGUCUUGUUAUCGAACAUAUACGCUGACACGGGAAACUGGGAAAGAGUAAGUAAUGUACGCCAAUCAAUGAAAGCUGGAGGCAUAAGCAAACUCCCUGGUUGCAGUGUUAUGGAGGUCAAUGGAGAAGUUCAUGAAUUCUUUGUAGGUGACAAGUCUCACCCGAGUUACGACGCGAUUGAAACAAUGUGGGGAGAGAUCUCUAAACGGUUGAAGUUAGCAGGUUAUGUAGCAAGUACAAACUCUGUGCUAUUUGAUAUAGAAGAAGAAGAAAAAGAAGAUGCAUUGUGUAAACAUAGUGAGAAGAUGGCAAUUGCAUUUGGAUUGAUUAGUUUGAAGGAGGGGUUGCCCAUUAGAAUAGUGAAGAACCUCAGAGUUUGUUGGGAUUGCCAUGAUGUAACAAAGAUGAUUUCCAAAAUUUUUGAGAGGGAGAUUAUUGUGAGAGAUAGGAAUAGGUUUCAUCAUUUCAAAGAUGGUGAGUGUUCUUGCAAGGAUUUUUGGUGAAAUUAGUCACACCAUGACUUUUUUUUCCUCA